GCAUCUCCUGCUGAGGGGCACGGUGGAGAAAAGCCAGGACCCGGACGGAGGCUUUGCAAACGCAGAGCCGGCUGCAGCUCACGGGGCUUCUCCUCCGCACCCUGGCACCAGGCGACGUGAACCCCGACCGCCAUGGAGAUGGGGCCAGCGUGGGUCUGUGUCCUGCUCCCACUCUGCCUCCUGCCCGGACACCUCUGCGGCGAGUUCCCCACAAACAUGACAACGCCCUGCAGCGAGACCACCUGGAACGUGAGCACGGCCCCCCCGGCCCCCAGCCCCCCUCGGCCCAGGCCCCCCGUGGUGAAGGUGCAGACCGGCCUGGCCGCCCCGCUCCUGGCAGAGAACAGCCUUGUGAAGGUGGAGGCCGGCCUCACCUCUGUGACUGUCCCUGAGGGGGGCCGGGUGACCCUGGAGUGCCGGUUCGAAGCCCCGUCCGGGGCCCAGGUCAGCUGGAGCCGAUCCUGCUCUCGGAACUGCAGCGAGCCCAUCCUGGUGGCCAACGGCACCGGCCCCCAGCGCAGCGUGGCCAUCACGGCGGGCGCCGGCGUCUCCGUCCUCGCCUUCCACCCCGCCAGGAAGAGCGACAUCGGCCUGUAUUUCUGCCAGGUGUACACGGACGCGGCCUGGGGCCAGUCGUGCGGCACCUACCUGCGGGUCCGCAAACCCGUCCCGGUUCCCUUCCUGAACAUGCGGGAAUCCACCAAGAACCAGCUGAUCACCGCCGAGGGCAUCCUGCUCCUGUUCUGCGCCGUGGGGCCUGGCAUCUUCCUCCUCUUCAGGAAGAGGUGGGAGAAUGAGCGGCUGCUGCAGGCCAAGAAGAACGAGUAUGAAGAGGAGAAUCUCUAUGAGGGCCUGAACCUGGACGAGUGCUCCAUGUACGAGGACAUUUCGCGGGGCCUGCAGGCCACCUACCAGGACGUGGCCAACCUCCGCGUGCUCGACAUGCAGCUGGAGAAGCCGUGAGGGGGGCACCGGCCGUGACCCGGGGACCCCUUGGUGCCAGCUGGGUCCCUGGGUCUGGUGUCUCCACGGCGGUUUGUCCCCCUGUCGGGAAGCGCGUGUCCGGGGAGCUGUGUGUAUAUACCGACCGUUACGCUCUCAGGGCCUGGGAGCCGGGCUGCUCGGCACAAGGGACGACCCACGUUCCUCUCAGGCAGGAGACGCUUAUUUACCUCUCGGGCUCAAUCUCACGUCAAUGGCUGCGCUCCGCACUGAGCGAAGUGGCCGGGGAGGUCUCGGCAGAGCCCGCGGCAGUGGGAAGAGUGGAGCCAGGGCUGAGGGGGCCGAGAUCCCCCCGGGGACCCUUCGCCAGGGCGCUUGUGUUACGAUGGGGUGGGGGGAGGGGGCGCAGCCGGCUGAGUCGUUAAUUUGGGUGAGCUAAACUUCGUUAGCGCAGCAGCAGUCAGUUAACGCGGGUCUCUAGACAGCGUGUUCUGAUUUCAUGUCACAUGUAGCCGUUUCCAGCUCUCUGCCUGUCACUGGUCUCUGCUCAGUAAACGUGCCCGUCUUCUCUGGCUAAA